UUUACAUGGAAAAAGACAUAAAUACCCCUCAACAUCCAUGUAAUUACAAUAACAUACCAUAUAAAUAUUAAAAUAUCACUGUUACCUCAUUGCCCUAAUCUGGUGUGAAUUCGAAGUGAAGAGGAGAAAGAACUCAUCGUUAAUUCCGUCGCACACCGUACCAAACCCCAGAUUUUGCAGAGACGAGCACGAGCGGGGGAAGAUGCCAUAUUGCUUCAGUAUUUUCGUCUGGAAGAAAAGUGCGAAAUUUUUUUACACGGAGCGACAGAUAUGUGAAAGAGGGGCGAAUUGAUUUUCAGAAAUACAAGGCAAAUACACAUCCGAGCUCAAAGGAGAAAUUUUUAGGGCUGCUUGUUAAAGUUGGGGCACACCUCAAAAUCGCACCGAUAUGUGACCGCUGGGAAGAAUUACAACAAAUUCUUGCAGAUAAAAAAUCUUCUCUUUCAUCAUCUGAUACUGACGGCUCAAGCGUGGCAGAUUGCGUUGUUCAUGCUCACUCAGAUUUGUAUUGGCCGAGCAUGAGAAAAAUGCCUGGAAUUAUGAGCCAAAUGCCACCUAUUCCUGUGUUCUUAAAGGAGGACCUUGCAAGCAGUGUAUUUCUACGCUCAUCUCAGCAUCUACGAGAUUAUUAUCCUCGCCAAUUGGGGCUGUGCAGUUUUACCUGCAACAGAAAUCGGGAGAAAAGUCCUCGUUCGCCUGUUCGAAAAUUUCCUUGCUCCACGAUGAGGCUUUUAAGAUUCAAGUUCUUAGGUGUCUGUGCGUUUUCUUCGUCGUCCUUGCCAAUUACCAAUAAUAGUAAUGAUGAAUCCUCUGGACUCUCUUUCAUUCACAGUGAUGCAUCUCAGCCUCCUUUUCUUUCGGAUUAUUUAACUAGCCCAGCUGAAAACGAUGGAAGUCCAUCUCAAGGAUUAUCAUCUUUGGCAGGAGGAAUAGUAGCACUGGGAAAGUUUGAUGCCCUUCAUAUUGGUCAUAGGGAGCUCGCAAUUCAAGCUGCAAAGAUUGGAGUUCCAUUUCUAUUGUCCUUCGUUGGAAUGGCUGAGAUACUUGGGUGGGAAGCCAGGCCUCCUGUAGUUGCCAAAUGUGAUCGGAAGCGAGUUCUCUCAUCUUGGGCCCCACUAUGUUCUAAUAUUACACCCAAGGAAUUUCACAUUGAGUUCUCGAAAGUUCGAUAUCUUUCUCCACGUCAGUUUGUUGAGAAAUUAUCAGACGAGCUUGGAGUUGGUGGGGUUGUGGCAGGUCAGAACUACCGGUUUGGGUAUAAAGCUGCUGGCGACUCAUCUGAUUUGGUUCAAUUGUGCAAUGAAUAUGGCAUGAAAGCCUCUAUAGUAGAUUCUGUCAUGGAUAAAAAGCAAGAGUAUUUCAAGGAGAUUGAUCAUCAUCAUCUUAACGGAACAAUAAACGAGCGAGGCCAAGUAUCAUCCACUCGAGUUCGGCUUGCGCUUGCCGAUGGUGACAUGAAUUACGUGUCACAACUGUUGGGCCGCAAUCAUCGCCUUAUGAUGAUGGUUAAAAACGAGGAAAAUCUUUUACGAGAUGGUAAAAAGUUGUCGGCUUCUAGGUCGUGUUUGUUGAACCUUCCACCCAAAGAAGGUUUUUAUAGUAAUUGUUCUCUAGUGAUUGGGGAAAACGAGAGUUUCGUGCCAUGCAGAAUCGUUAUUGAUACGACAACUAUACAUAUGGAACUCGACGAGUUAUCAUCUCCUCACAUAAUUUUUUCGAAUCGGAACUUUGACUUGUUGGGAAUUGAAUUUGGUGACUCCAGAGUUUGAUAUUUUUAUAUAGAUUUUGCCGGAUGGAUAGAUUUUU